CUCUCACAAAGCAUAUCAAAACCAUUUGCAAUUAGCUUCAACUCUUAUUGAUCCUCCUCCUCAAGUUCUUGUCAUCAACUUGAUUCAAGCAUGGCUUCUAGCAGUAUGUCAACUAUGAUUUUAUCACUUCUUGUUCUAACUAUAAUGUCAGCAACAAGUCACACAAUGGUUGUGGGGGCACGCAAUCUUCAAGAAUCAACAAUGUCAGAGCCAGAAGUGCCACAACUUCCCAAACCUGAGUCGCCACCUCUUCCAAAAGUCCCUGAAUUACCAAAGCCAGAGUUGCCUAAGAUCCCAGAAUUGCCAAAGCCUGAACUACCUAAAAUUCCUGAAUUGCCAAAGCCUGAGCUUCCAAAAGUUCCUGAGAUUCCUAAGGUUCCUGAAUUGUCUAAAGUCCCUGAGAUGCCUAAGGUUCCUGAAUUGCCUAAAGCCCCAGAAGUGCCUAAGCCUAAGCUACCUGAAGUUAAGGUCCCUGAGGUGCCUAAAGUCCCAGUAUUGCCAAAGCCUGAACUUCCCAAAGUACCUGAAAUGCCAAAGGUCCCAGAAUUUCCUAAGGUCCCCGAGGUGCCUAAAGUCCCAGAAUUGCCAAAGCCUGAACUUCCAAAAGUACCUGAAAUGCCAAAGGUCCCAGAAUUUCCUAAGGUCCCUGAGGUGCCUAAAGUCCCAGAAUUGCCAAAGCCUGAACUUCCAAAAGUACCUGAAAUGCCAAAGGUCCCAGAAUUCCCUAAAGUCCCUGAAGUUCCUAAAGCAUUUCCGACCACCAAUCCUUGAGUUAGAACCCGUUAUACUGUUUGUGUCUUCAGAUCAUAAUCCGUUGCUUUCCAGUGCCUAGUUCUUGUUGUUUGAUGGAUGUGAUGUGAUAUACGUUAAUUUUCUCUUCUGUAUAAUUUGUUGUAGCUACUUGAGAAUGGUUGUUACAGCUUAGUAAUGCUAUGAACCUUAUUAUG